GCAUCAUGAUUGAGGUCACGUGACAGGCUCCCUAAGAAUGCAGUGACGCGCUGGAGCUCCGUCAGAGCAGCGGUCUCUGACUGACAGCACUGCUGGGACAGCUGCUCUUCCGCCCGGCAAGACAUCCGACUGGGGUCAGCCCGAAGCGGAGCAAAAGAACCCCCGGGGCAUUCUGAACUGAAGGGGCUCGGGGAUGGGGCGGACCAAGUAUGUGGGGCUGUUUCCACAUGACUUAUCGCUUUUGUUGUCGCUCUAAGACCCAGGUGGCAUUUUUUGGUAGCGGCUGGACUCACAAGUGGAACUGUACUUUUCAUAAUGGUAGUUGGCGCUGAUUUGCGCGUCUUUUGCGCACAGGAGCGCUGAUCUUCGCGCAGAGCGCGCCGGACUCCCGCGGCUCUGUCUCCGCCGCUCUCCCAUCCUUGCAGCGCAGCGGCGUUGGAUGAACAUGCGUGGAUGCUUUCGUCCUUUUUUAGAGGGGCGCAUGCAUUUUUCCAUUUAAAACCCACCACCACAUCUGCAGGGUGGCAUGAACUUGGAUACCACCACUCAAUAAUGGAGAAGUAAAAAGGUAAUUCACGUCAGAAGUGGCAAUUAAAAAAGAAAGCUGCUGAGUGGAAGAAACCAUCAGGGGAACCAAACAAAACAUUCUGGUCUAUGGAGAAUAAGAAUAAGGAGGAAUCUAUGAGGUGUCAUUAAAGGAAAAAAAAGAAGGAGCAGGAAAUAUAAAAGCUCAGUCUGGGUAGGGGUGAUGGCGGGCAGAGGUAGCGGGGAUGACACUCUCCAUGCGCCGUCCGCAGCCCUAUCAGCAGCUGCAGCACCAUGAGGAAGAGGAGGCAGGACCCUCAGGUGUUCCAGGCAGGUGCAUGAUGCAACAUUCAAGGGAUAUCUAUUGGACACAAACAUCUUCACAUAUAGGAUUGGAACAAGGAGAAGCAAAGGAGGUGGCCCUUAUCGCAAUCUGAAGGGGACAAGACAGAUAAUAUGACCCUGGGUUUGUCUGGAAAGCCAAAGAAGAGCAAGAAAGAGACUCCCAUAAGCAGUAAAAUGCUGGUUUCGUAGCAGUGCUAGGAGCUGGUACAAAGCUGCUACAUGCAAAAACUGAAAGCUUUAAGUGUUGCCCUGAAUCUAACAGGAGGCUCACUCCAAUCCAUCUGCCAGGUCAGAUAAUCCUGAUUGUUGGCAGCCACAUGUUUGAGGUGACUUUCGGUGACUGCCACUGCCGCAGCCCAUUCUCAAGCAGCCCCAACAGCAGCCUCCUGUGUCCCCGAUCUGCACCAUGCAGUGGAGACGGCGGCACUGCUGUCCCAUCAAGGUGACCUGUACUGUCAAGCGAUCAGCCUUUCGGACCCAUGUGGUAGCUCUAUUCUUCUUGGCUCUGCUCUUCACCUUCUUAUUAUUUUUUAGCCAUCAGGACAGGCUACCUGGAAGAAGUGGGCCUCGCGAAAAUCCGCUUGCUUACACCAUUAGAGGUUUUCGCAGUCCCAAAGGGGAGGUUAACCAGAGCAGUUUUCUGAGGAGUCUGUGGAAGGAUUCAGGGUAUGUACCACCAAAGCCUCUGCUUAACCUGAGCUCCCAGCAAGCUGAGGGCGCGCCGGUGGAGCCAGGAGGAGGCGGCGCCAGGAUGGGUGUAAUGGGGCUAGGCGACUCCAUGAGUUCCAACAACAGUUUACAAAAAGAAAUGGGUGUUGGAGGGACUCUUAGUGCUGAACCCUACCCAUACAUCUUGAACGAACCCCUUAAGUGCAGGGAGUCCACGCCCUUUCUUAUCCUCCUAAUUGCUGCAGAACCUAGACAAACAGAUGCUCGCAAUGCAAUCCGCCAAACAUGGGGAAAUGAAAGUGUAGCAAUGGGCUUGGGCUUUGUUCGGCUUUUUAUGCUUGGCACAGGCAAAAGUUCAGACACUUUCCUUCAGAGGAGCAUUGAGGAAGAAAGUCGUGUUUACCACGAUAUCAUCCAACAGGACUAUAUGGACACUUACUACAACCUAACCAUCAAAACCUUAAUGGGAAUGAACUGGGUGGCUACCUAUUGUCCACAUGUCUCCUAUGUGAUGAAGACAGACAGUGAUAUGUUUGUCAAUACAGAAUAUCUCAUCCAAAAGCUACUAAAGCCCGAGUUGCCACCCAAGCAGAGGUAUUUUACUGGCUACCUGAUGAGGGGCUACGCACCAAAUCGAAACAAAGACAGCAAGUGGUACAUGCCACCAGAGCUUUAUGCCAGUGAACGCUACCCGAUAUUCUGCUCAGGCACAGGAUAUGUGUUCUCAGGGGACAUGGCACAGCUGAUCUAUCAAGCCUCUCUCGGCAUCCGCAGACUGCACCUGGAGGACGUCUAUGUGGGAAUCUGCCUGGCAAAGCUGCGCAUUGACCCUGCACCCCCUCCCAACGAGUUCCUCUUCAACCACUGGCGCGUCUCUUACUCCAGUUGUAAGUACAGCCACCUGAUCACUUCCCAUCAGUUCCACCCCAAUGAGCUCAUCAAGUACUGGAACCACUUACAGAGCAACAAGCACAAUGCCUGCAUCAACAUGGCCAAGGAAAAGAACAGCAGGUACAGACACAGAAAGUUUCAUGCGGAAAGGUCUUAAUGAUGGACCGUGUAACUUCAAACUGGUUUGAAGAAAUGACUAUGGACGUACCAAAACUUGCUUGGAGGGACUAUUUAAUUCAGCACUAUUCACUGUUUGGGGAAAAAGCACAUUGUAUUUGGUAUUGUGUACAGUUGAUGAUCCAAACUAUUUUUUUUAAUUUAGAAAAAAGAAAGAAGGCAGAGUUAACUUAUUGAGCAUUUUCUUAAAGGGAAACUGGGGAAGACAAGCCUGUGUAGCUCAAGAAUGGUGUUAAAUGCAGGUGCCAUGUGAGAAAUGGUAAUUCAUGUUCUCUUCUCAGUGGUAGUGCAAUAUGUAACAGUAUACAAAAAUAAAAGGCAAAUGGAAAAUUUUAUGGUGCAGUUGGCCUUACGCACGUAAAAGGAACUGUAUAUGUAUUGUGUUGCAAAGUUACACUACCUAAAUAUGAAUGAAUGACAUGAAAUGUUGACAUCAACUACUUAUGCUGCCCUGUUUCUCAAGUGUUUACUUUACAGAUCUAUCUAUGAAAACUCCUCUAAAGACUGGUUACCUGUUAUAAACCCAAUUUAUUUUUCAAGAAAUCUACGUGAAAGCAUCUGGAAUCACAUCAGAGAUGACUAAGAUUGUAUUUUUUAAAGCUUUACAUUUGAGUAUGAUUCUGCACUUGAGUAAAUGUGCAAUGAAUUAAUAAAAAACAAAUAAAUAAAUGUAAGGAAUUCA